AUGGCCAAGGGAAAUGUUGCUGCUAACUCUCCUCUUGAGAGGACUAGCUUGGCUUCUCUGGAUCAAAAGUUGGCAAUGGCAAAGCGCUGUUCCCAUGAGGGUGUGAUAGCAGGAGCUAAGGCAGCUGUUGUUGCUAGUAUUGCCAGUGCCAUUCCAACUCUGGCUAGUGUAAGGAUGCUACCUUGGGCAAGAGCCAACCUCAAUCACACUGCUCAAGCUCUCAUAAUUUCCACAGUGGCGGGAGCAGCAUAUUUCAUAGUAGCUGACAAGACCGUUUUGGCAACUGCAAGAAAGAACUCAUUCAACCCACCCUCCAAUGCAUGA